AUGUGCGAAGCCAAGAGGUACGAAGAUGCCUUGGACCUGUUCCAUUAUUUCUACCGCGUUUCCAAGAUUACACCUUGCUAUGGUUACUUUAAUCAUAUCAUCAAACUCCACGAGGAUCAAGGCCGUUUGGACGACGCUCUUAACCUCUACGACUCCUCACUUACGAAAUCCCUCAUCUCCAAAGGUUUGGUCGACGCCGGGAGACAAGACGAAGUCAUGGAUCGAUUAGAUCAGCCGAGAUGGAGAUGGUUUUCCAAUUUGGAUUGGAAUGCGAAUUUGUACAAGCAGCCCCUGUUGGAGUGGCUAUUGCGUCAAGGGGGUUUUGAAAAGGCCAAUGAGGUAUUGGGCCGUCUAUUGGGGAGCUCUCAUGUGCAUGGUGAUGAGUAUGACCGUGUUGCAAUUUUUAGCCACACAUACAUGAAGUAUUGGUUCGAGCAAGGUAAGGAGGUCAAGGCUAUGCAUUGUUACGGUCUUUUGCAGUUGCGCAAACUUACGAAGGACACUGUCGUCAACGCACUUUUGGCCCUUCUUCUCAAGUAUGGCAAGAAAACUGAAGCUUGGUCCUUAUUCGACCAGGUUUUGCAUAGCAAGGAGAUGGACAAUGUGAAUCAUUAUACGCUAAAUAUCGUGGUGAACGAGUUUUUCAAAAUUGGUCGGUUUGACCACGCAAUCCAAAUUUUCCACAAGGUGAAAGCAUUAAAGCUGAACAAGAACCCACAUGUUGUUACGUGUUACAGAAACAUUAUCACAAGGCUUAACAAGCAGGGCAUAUUGUUUGAGGCAGAGCACUUGUUUCAAGAAAUGUGUUCACACGAAUUGGUGAGUCCUGAUGUUUCUACAUACACAUCGAUGAUCGAUGCAUAUUUAAAAGCUGGGAGAACCGAGGAUGCUCUUCGUCUCUCAAACAAGAUGGUUGAUGCAUUUGUAGGGCAGCUUGCUCGGCUAGCUUGCCUCUAA